GCGGCCCAACAGGUAGAUGGAAAGAUGCUGAUGCCACCAUCACAGGUGUGACCGCGCAGGGCGUGGUGGGUUGGCAUUCAGGUAGUGACCAACUCUGAAGCCUCCACGUCAUCUCCUGAAAUUUGCCUAUCAAGUCACCACCUGCUUUUCCCCCUUUCCUCUUAAAUGCAUGACUCCCCUGGCAAAACACUCCUUCGAAUGCAAUACAACAAAGGCGAUUUCUUGGAUUGGAACAUGACAUCUAAAAACAGGUGGAUGAAAACUACAACCCUGGCAAACUCUUAUCAAAACGUCAGCUGGCUGCUCCUCAUCUGUAAUUUCAAGACAAUACUUGUACAAUGGUUGUAGCAGAUAGCGCCGCAGGCCUUGUAUUAGUAAUCCCCACAUCCUGGCAAAGCGAUCUUUGUAAAGUACACUUGUUUACCCAAUGAAGAAGUCAUCUGAUUAGCAAAUCCUCAGAUCGGGGGUUUGCUAACUGACAAAAGUGGCUCUUUGAAGUCAAAGUAGGCACAGAAACACAUUAGAUAAGGAAAGAAUUAGAUUCUCCAAACACUGAAACUGUAUGUCAAAAUAGAUCCGGAUUUAAAUGUUACAAUCACAUUUAAAGGACCAAUCACUACUUUUUUAACAUAAUGAAUUGUAGUUGUUGUGAGCAACCAUUAAAGUGAGAUUAUGUAACUGAGAUGAAAGAAGAAAUAUUAUUUUAUAGCGAUAACAAAUAUAUAUUAACAAAAGUCUAUUUUCUUAAUUUCUCCAGUACCACAGAACCGAUUAAGAUUUAAAAUUUAGCCCUGGGGCCUGUCAAACGCCAGGUUUCAGUACCCAUCCCUAGACAAGCAUUAGCAUGUUCCCAGAUGUCGAGCGUGUUAAUUUGUCUGUGACCUGAUUCACCAACCAACCCUGUGACUUCAUUUUAUCUAAUCAUCAAGCUCAAUUAAAGCACCACCUUCUACACAUAAUGCACAGAUGAACUUGGUCUAUGUGACUGGACCAUUAUGCUACAGUGACUUCUAUCUGUGGCAAAAGUGACCACUGUUUAGCAGUAUCAAAAUGCAGAGCCACACUUUCUUUUUCUUUUUUUUUGAUAGAGGACCAACCCAUUUGUUUACAUUUGUAUCAAAGCUUAAACAUUCAGUGGAAUCCUGACACCACACCCGUAGCUUAACCAAACAUACGUCUUAUUAUAAUACCUUAAAUAUUUUCAUAAUAUUACCGGUGUGUGACACUGCUGUACAUGCAGUCUGCUGGCUGUAGAAUAUGCCUAUGAAAAUAUACUGUAUGCAAAUUCCAGACACAAUAAAACUAUAAUGUGUCUGUGCUGAAAACAUAGUGCUGUAGUUGUUGGGACAUAUCUGUGGACAGUGUAUCUAAGGAAAUACUGACACCACAUUAGAAUAUUUAGAAGAUGAAACCUUUGUCCCAGACAGUCAGACACAAACACUCAGUUAUUCUCUAGAACUCGCCAAGACUGUUAUUGAGCAAGAGUUCACUCUGCACAGAGUGUGUCUUACUUCACUUCAGGGCAGAGUGUAUGUGGAAGCAGGCUUCACAUUAAUUAUAGUACAUGUAACCUCUUAUUUAAGCACCACUCACAUGUCCUGUCACUGUGUCUCCCUGAACAUUCGCUCCACAGCUUGUCUCCCUGUUUGAAAGCGGCUCAGUAAUCCUGGAUCAGAGAGCACAAAGGGCCCCAGAGUGCUGGUGAUGUAAGCACUGUGUCCAGUGCCUACCCCACUGCUCUCUCCUCUCCAAAAUGCGGUUUUGGGUGGUGAGGUGGGACAGGGAGGACCAUCCGUAUCGUGUCUGAGCCUGAAGACUACAGACUGACGUACAAGCAGUGACACUGGCAAGGUAAUGGCAGCCUGUGCUGUGUCUCAGGGGCCUGCUGCUGCUGAUGACCUGGAUCACAGUGGGAAGGGAAAAAGUGUUGACCAGCUUGCUGUAGAGGAAUGUGGCUAAGCUGUGGUGAGUGUUGGGUCGGCUCAGUGUGAUCAGGCAAAUAGACCGAAGGACCUUUGCUACCUGUUACCACAUUUACUGUGCUUUAUUCGUGGAAGGCCACCUUGUUUCAGGUCAGGCAUCUGUGGACUUGAUGCAGGACUCCAGUCAAACGAUGUGGGGUCUGAACGCCCGCUUGAAGGGCUUCCUGGAGCAGGUGAACAGGCUGCAGGAGGCCAACCGGCAGCUGGAGGCUCAGAUAGCCGAGUGGGGCAUCAGGAAUGCCUCACGUUCCCAGGACUGGUCCCAGCAGGAGCAGACUGUGAAGGAGCUCCGUGCCCAGGUUGGUAAACUGCUGAUGGAGAACGCCCAGCUGGCAUUACAGUCUGACAGCAUGAAGUCCAAAGCUGCUGCUGUCCAGGCCAGGUGUGAAACAGAGGAGCGCAACACCCGGCAUCUGGAGCAACAGGUGGCUCUGCUCAGGGAGUCAAAGACGAAGGCAGAUCAGAGCAGCAUGACGCUGCAGGCAGACUUUCACCGUUCCAUGACAGAGCUGCAGAAGAUGCACCAGGAGUAUGAGGCAGCCCAGGCUCUGCAGCUGCAGCGGGCCGGCUCCUGUGAUGCCCUGUUAGCAACAACCACAGCAGCAGCAGCAGGAGGGGUGGAGGAGGAUGGCACAGGGAUGGAGCUCACCCAGCUCCUCGACCGAAUCAGAGCGCAGUGCGACCAUAACAGACUUCCCGGCCCUGGUGAGAGACACCAUGGCCUGGGCGCAGUCUCAAAUCCACCUCCCGGCUUGGUCGGGCCUAGCCGCUCUGGAGCCGGAGCUGCAGCAGCAGCAUCAUCCAGAACACACAGAGGAGCUCUCAGUGAGGAGGAGGCAGCGUGGGCUCAGGUGAGCCUCGGCGGCGCUGCCCUGAGGGAGGCGCGGGCCGAGCUAGCUGAGGCCAGGAAGCAGUGGCACUCCCUGCAGGUGGAGAUUGAGACUCUGCAUGCCUUGGAGAAAGGCCUGGAGAGCUCCUUGCAGCACACCCAGCGAAUGUACUCCAACCAGCUGCAGGACCUUUCCCAGGUGAUCGUCGGGUUGGAGAGUGAACUGGAGCAGGUGAGGGAUGGUCUGGCCACCCAGCGUCAGCGCCACAGCCAGCUCCUCAACACCAAGAUGAGGCUGGAGCGAGAGAUCGCCACGUACCGACGUCUGCUGGAGCGGGAGGAGGGCAGGUACAUGGGUCGUGAAGGGCAGCCGAUGAGUCUGCGACCCUGGAGGUCUUCUGUGGUGGAGCUGAAGGAGAAUGGGCUGGAGAACGGUUUCAGUGACCCUGCUGUUAGUCCGGAUGAACCCAAGUCUGAGCCUCUGCCUGAAAUACCGUCACUCCUCCCAGCAGAGAAUGGGAUAAAGAAAAGCAUACUGCAUAGACAGCAAAGCCUUGUGAUACUCACAGAGCCAGAGCAAGAUAAAGACUUGCCAAUCUCCACCGUGAAGACUCAGGAGAUUCUUCAGGGCAAUGUUGUGCGGGAGAGUGCAGAGGGUCACGGCACCAUCGAGACGGAGAAGAUUGACAAGGUGAUAAAGCAGUGGGAGGGCUCUUUCUUCAGAGGGAAUCCCAAGCUGCGGAAGAAGUCGGUGUCGCUGCGCUUCGACCUGCACAUGGCUGCGGCAGACGAGGGGUGCGCCCAGACUAAACAGGACAGCCUCCCUGACGUGGAGCUGCGUCUCAUCAUGAAGAGAUCCCGCAGCAUCCCAACUAUCACACAGUAACUCUGUCACCAGCUGAUCAGAGUCACCACUGGUUUGCAGCUGUUUGUGGUAAUACAGGUGACGCUGAAGUUACAGAAAUAGCAUCUGUGUCGCUCACAUCUGGGAUAUUACCAUCCAUUGCCAUCAUGCUUAGUAUGAAUUUCAAAUUACAACCUUCACUGAACUUUGGAUCACCACUGAUGACUGAAACAAAGAUUCCUCUCAACAGAUCUUGAGCUUGGCAGGAUAGGCAUUACCCAUCAGGCUUUUAUGCUGAUCUAAUGGGGCCAUUUUUAUAGCAUCAGAAAGCCACUUCCGAUAUAUCAGACCUACAUUCAUUACAUUACAGAUAAUAACAAUUUAAUAUGCAAACAUAUUUCUCCAUCAUCAUUGUAGAUGAGGAAAAAGUGUCUCUCAACACUGGUAUUAUUUCAGUGUGAGGUCACUGAACAAAAGAGAUUAUAUCGACCAUAUGACUCUGCCUAACUACAGCAUUUCAUUUUAAUGAACUCUCUACAGGAGGCUGCGUGCACAGAUAGAUGGAGAUAAAUGGAGGUGUAGAGUUACAGAUCACUAUGAGCUGCUGUGAACUAUCUGGGGUGGAUUUUUUUUAAAUAGAUUUUCAGUAUGGGACUGUGCAGAAAUUAUUAGGGGGAGGAGGUCUCAGAAAAUGAAGAGGCUCAGUGGGAGGGGUCUUAAGUAAUUAAAUGUUAUCUUUCUGGAGUGCAUGUGAUUUGUCACCCACUAUUACAGCUCACACAGCCACUUUAUUUUGUAUUUUAACAAAAAGGCAGAACUACAGCAAAAUAACUAAAUGUAAAUGUGCCAUAUGAAGUGACAACGACAGCUCUUUGUUCACAAAUAAAGAAGGGUCCGAUUAUCUGGUAAAACAGUUGGUAAAAUACCGAAAAUUUGGUAAGGAAUUUUCUUAUGUUUGCUAUAAUUUUAGCUAAUUCCACUCCACUACUGAGAAGUUUGAAGGUUAUAUUCCAUUGUAGAGUAACUUUACACUAAAUUCACUUUUUUGUUUAAGUAAAUAACAUGUACGUCACUUUAUUACACCAUUGAUCCUGUUCCCAUUUUAUAAUGUUCAUUCCAACAGAAGUUAUUUUCCUAUGACCUAACCAGGGACCCACUGCCCCAAAACUACCAGGCAAUGUUCAGCAUUCACCUCCCACCCCCAGCACCCUGACAUAUACACGCUUCAGUCAGCUGUCAGCAGUGUGAACAGUGUGGAGUAUGAAGCUGAGAUUAGCAGUAAUAGGAAUGUCACAGUAGUAGAAAUACAUCUUCUGCUACUAAGCUAGCAGUUGGAACUGGAGUACACAAUCUUAAAUUAUUAAUGCACUCUGUGUUAUUAAUGGAAGUGUUCAGCAGUGUGACAUUACGAUGACAUAUUGUGGAGAGGGUGUUCAUUUUUUUCUCUUUAUCAAGGGUCCAAUGAAAAUAUUAAUUGAGAGUGAAACAUAGUCUCGAGCCCCCCUCCUCACCUAAAUAAUUUUCCUACGAUCCCUAAAUGCUUGCACUGCAGACACUUAAAGCACUUAGAAGAACAUCAGCACUGGGGGAUAUCCAGAAUGUGUGUACUUUGAGGGUCUUUGUCAUUGCCUUUCAUUCUCUCUCAUGUGGAGAAAAAAAUAUCUUGCAACUCAAACUAAUAAUGUAGCUACAUUUUAUGACGCAUUAUCCCUAAAUAACUCACUGUGAUCUUAACAGCAGUGAGUCAACGUGUGUCUCAGAGAAUUUAGAUUCCCUGUCUUAACCAGAGGAGGGCAGUAUUUGUAAAUAGUUAACACUGCAGUGUAUCUUCAAUGCUCGACUCGGGUUGUGUAACACAUGCUAUCUGUUACACCUUAGAAUAAGAGUUUUUACGCUUAAGUUUUGAGUUGGCACCAAAGAUAUGAAAAAUAAGAAAUGGACCAUGGUGCAUUGCAUUUGGGUGCCUCAGAAUAUGUUGAGAAUAUUUAAAAAAUAUUAUCUAUGCAGUUCUAUGCUUGAUUUUGCUUUGCUUCGUGAAGCACACUCUUCAUUUUGGGAGCUCUGAAACUUCAAAAUGAAGCAUUAUGCUUUUAUCUUACAAUGUAUCAUUUAAAAUAAAAAAGAAAUAUGUGCACA